AAAGGUCUGCUCAGUGAAGCAGGAAGUCGGUGUGUUGCUGUUGUUCAGGACGCUGCUCACCACUGUUGACUGUCACGGAAGCGCUCGCAGCCAUGAAGAGAUCGUCCAGCAAAUCCAAAGAAUGCACCAUCAAUGCCGAGGACGGCUACGUGCGGAUGUUCCUCCGAGGACGUCCCGUCACCAUGCACAUCCCUGACCAGCAGAGGGAGAGCUACAGUGUCGACCAAAAGGUGGCGCUACCCGACCGCAAGCUCAAACUGCAGUGGGUGUACGGCUACCGUGGGCGUGACUGCCGCUCCAACCUCUACCUGCUGCCCACGGGAGAGAUAGUCUACUUCAACGCCUCUGUGGUGGUGCUGUACAACACCGAGGAGCAGCAGCAGAGACACUACCUAGGCCACAACGACGACGUCAAAUGUCUGAGUGUGCAUCCUGACAUGGUGACCAUAGCAACGGGGCAGGUGGCUGGAAACUCUAAAGAUGGAAAGCUGCUGGCGCCUCAUGUUCGCGUGUGGGACUCUGUGAGCCUCAACACGCUCCAUGUGAUCGGGAUGGGGGUGUUCGACAGAGCGGUCACCUGCGUGGCUUUCUCCAAGUCGAACGGCGGCACCUUCCUCUGCGCUGUGGACGAUGCCAACGAUCACAUCCUGUCGGUCUGGAACUGGCAGAAGGAGAAGCAGCUGGCUGACGUUAAGUGCUCCAAUGACUCUGUGCUGGGCGCUGUGUUUCAUCCCAUGGAUGCCAACCUGAUUGUCACCUGUGGGAAAUCCCACAUCAACUUCUGGACCAUUGAAGGCAACACUCUCACCAAGAAACAGGGCCUGUUCGAGAAACAUGAGAAGCCAAAAUACGUGCUGUGUGUUGCGUUCGCUGAGAACGGAGACGCCAUCACAGGAGACUCUGGUGGAAACAUCUACGUCUGGGCCAAAGGUGGUAGCCGCAUCAGCCAGGUGGUGUCGGGGGCCCACGAGGGCGGGAUCUUCUCCGUUUGUGUCCUGAAGGACGGAACCAUGGUCUCUGGAGGAGGGAAGGACCGCAAGGUGGUGCUGUGGGACCACAACUACAGAAAGAAGGCUGAGAUGGAGGUGGGCGAGCCGCUCGGUCCUGUAAGGGCACUGGCCGAAGGUAAACCGGGAGAGCUCUUCGUUGGGACCACCAAAAAUGCUAUCGUCAGAGCCGCCUUCCCUGACACAUUGACUCCGAUUGUACAGGGUCACACAGAUGAGCUGUGGGGUCUGGACGUCCAUCCCUCCAUGGAGCAGUUUGUCACCUGCGCCCAGGACAAACAGGUCCACCUCUGGGACACCAGCUCCCAUCAGCCCCUCUGGAGCAAGACUAUUGAGGAUCCAGGGAGGUCUGCAGGUUUCCAUCCCAGCGGCGCUGUCCUGGCUGUGGGGACUAUGACUGGAAGAUGGUUGGUGCUGGACACUGACAGCAGCGAUCUCGUUUAUAUGCACACGGAUGGCAAUGAGAUAAUUUCCAACAUCAAGUACUCUCCAGACGGUAACUUCCUGGCGGUCGCUUCUCACGACAACUUUGUUUACAUCUACGCCGUGAUGGAGAGCGGACGAAAGUACAGCCGCGUAGGCAAAUGCACCGGCCACUCCAGCUUCGUUACCCAUCUGGACUGGUCAGCAGACAGCCAGCAACUCGUCACCAACUCUGGAGACUACGAGAUCCUCUUCUGGGAGGCAUCUAGUGGUAAACAUGUGACCAACAUGGACAUUGUGCGCAACCAGGAGUGGGCCACUUCCACCUGCACGCUGAGCUUCACCACCUUUGGGAUCUGGCCAGACGGCGCAGACGGCACUGACAUCAACGCCGUGUGCAGGUCACAUGGCGGAUCCAUGCUGGCCUCCGCCGAUGACUUUGGCAAAGUGCACUUGUUCUCCUUCCCCUGCUCUCAACCAAGGGCUCUCAGCCACGAGUGCGCCGGCCACAGCAGUCACGUGACCAACGUUGCCUUCCUGCACGACGACAGUCACCUGAUCUCCACCGGUGGGAAAGACACCAGCAUCCUGCAGUGGGGGUUCUAGGCGAAUGCUCUCCGCCCACAUCUCCAAUCCCAGCGUCCUGACACCCUUCUUCACUGUUCUAUCCUCCUGCACCUCCAGGGGGCAGUAUGUCCUCUGUGCCUACUGGAAAUAAAAAUAAAUAAAACACACACACACACACACAACUUGACCCACAGAUGUCACAUCGGAUGAGAUGGAAUAUUAUUUAGUGUCCUGUUGUUUUCUAAUAGAAAGUAGAAAAAAUGACUUGUUGCCCUACAGGAAGGUCAUCCUAUCUGUUCCCAAAAAAAAUAAAAAAUAGACCCAGCUGGAAGCUGCUGAUGGUGACCACACAGUGAACCUGUCAUUUAGCGUUGGUACUGUCUGCCUAAACUGUAUUUAUCUUAACCCCCUUUAACGGGGCAACCACCUAUUUUAAAAGGAACAAGUGAGUUUGCAAGUUUCAGCUCCUUGAUGACAUGUACACUUUACGGUUGGUUUGAUUGAAUGUAUGCUCCAGUCACGGUUCGGGUUACAUUUAUAGUUUAUGGUGUUUAAUAUUAGGCCGAGCAGCGUUUGGUUUCCACAAAGUUUAAAAAUCAGUUGGCAGACUCUUGAACUAGCAGACUUCAGAAUCAGUCUGCUCUGGACUGAAAGUAGGACCGAUGGGCAAUUCCAAGUUUGCCAAAAGUGAUUACUCUGCUAAAAAUAGUCACUGAUUGAAACCAGUGGAAAUAUGCGUGUUUAUACAUCUAUAACAAAGCAGUUGGGUUUGCAAAACGCUAUAAAGUGUACACGAUUUAAAAUAACGGGGUUCAAACAUGUGAAGUCUUUACACCAUUUCUGGGAUUCCUAAAAUGGGUGGUAUUCCCCUUUUUAAAACUCGUACUGUACGCCAUUGCGUUGCUACCUUAUGCAGUUCCAACCCCCCCCCGGAUUGUAUUAAAGAUUGUAAAAGGUACAAGCUGCCCCCCCCCCCCCCCCAACACACGCCAGGGCUGCUGUGUUUCUGAUUGUACUACUGUCACUCUCACUAGCUGGCGCUACAAUGCAAGAGCAUGACCGAGGCUGUCCUCCUGUAGCUGCUGUUAAUGUCGCAAAAGGUCUAUAGAGUACAUUUCUAUAAAUACAUAUAUUAUGCAGUAUAUCUGAGUGGCUGUGUUAUUUUAAUAUUUAACUAACGAUGAUGGAUGUUGUUAUCCUUGUGGCACUUUUAGCAAUCAACAGAAGGGUAACGUGCUGUGAGCUUGAGCUGUGCUUCGCCUUCUUCUGUUUUGUUAAUAAAGUUUUUACCCAAGCGCUA